AGAAGCACUUGGCAACCACGGUGGUGUGGGUAGGCGUGCUGGUUCAGAGCAAAAAAGCUAGCUAGCUGCUAAUAAACAUGCCACCAAAAGGAAAAGGUGGCAAAGGUGCAAAAGGUGCAAAAGGAGCCGCUGCCUCCGGCAGUGGAGACACAGACAAAAAGGAGAAAGCCCAGAAAGGAGGCACAGCAGUAAAGGUGCGUCAUAUUCUUUGUGAAAAGCAUGGGAAGUGCAUGGAGGCUAUGGAAAAACUGAAGGCUGGGGUGCGCUUCAGUGAAGUGGCAUCACAGUACAGUGAAGACAAAGCUAGACAAGGAGGUGACCUUGGCUGGAUGACUCGUGGAUCAAUGGUUGGACCAUUUCAGGAUGCUGCGUUUGCACUACCCGUCAGCACAAUGGAUAAGCCUGUGUACACGGAUCCUCCAGUGAAAACAAAGUUCGGCUACCACAUCAUCAUGGUUGAAGGCAAAAAGUGACCAUUGUUUUUGACCUUUGAUUGCCAAACCACAUGGCUUUGCAUAUUUUGUAGCACUGGCUGUUUUUUUUUUUUAACCAUGUAAAUAUCAGUUAAUAAAGAACUGAAAAAAG